UGUUUUUGUUGAGACGCCUCUGUGUGAGUUUGCCGUUUUCACCAUGGUAGUGUUUCCAAGUUCACUGACGGAGGAAGAAGAGGCUCUGCAGAAGAAAUAUGCUAAACUCAGGAAAAAGAAAAAGGCGCUGCUUGCCUUGAAGAAGCAGAAUUCAACCAACCAGACAAACCAGAGUGGAUUAAAACGGACUUUGUCGGACCAGCCUGUUGUUGACACGGCAACGGCGACGGAGCAAGCAAAGAUGCUGAUCAAGACGGGUGCCAUCAGUGCCAUUAAGUCAGAGAACAAGAACUCGGGCUUUAAACGCUCUCGAAUGCUGGAAAUUAAACUCAAGGACCCCGAGAAAGGUCAGAUUCCUGCUUUCUUACCAUUCCAAAGGAGCGUCUCCGCAGAUGAAGAACAACCUGAGUCUGUGAAAAGAGCCCAAAGGAAGUCUCUUUACGAGAGCUUUGUCAGCUCAAAAGACCGAUACCGGGAUGAGGAGGAGGGAGGCAGCGUGUCAUCCGGUCGCGAAGUUGACCGAGACAAAGAGCGGGACCGAGAGCCGGAUAGAGAGCGGGAAAGAGACAGGGAAAGAGACCGAGACCGGGACCGGGAAAGGGAAAUGGAUAGAGACAGAGAACGCGACAGAGAACGAGACCGGGACCCGGAAAGAGAAAGAGAGAGAGACCGAAGCAGAGACCCGGAUCGAGAGCGCGACAGGGAACAGGAAAGAGAAAGAGAAAGAGAUGCCCCGUUCAGACGGUCAGAUUCGUACCCGGAGCGGAGAGGGGUACGAAAGGGGAAUACGGUGUACGUGUACGGCUCUGGGCUCGGCGAGGACAACCUGCGCUCUUCUUUCUCUCAACAUGGAACCGUCAUCGACCUCUCCAUGGACAAUCCACGCAAUUGUGCAUUCAUUACUUUCGAGAAGAUGGAGUCUGCAGACCAGGCUGUAGCCGAGCUGAAUGGGGCCAUGGUGGGAGACGUUCACAUUAAAGUCAGCAUCGCCAGGAAGCAGCCCAUGCUGGAUGCUGCCACUGGGAAAUCCGUCUGGGCUUCACUGGCGGUGCAGAACAGCACAAAAGGCUCCUACAGGGACAAGAGGAAUCAAGUGGUGUACAAUGAAGAUACUUUCCUGUGACCGAAAAGGGAGGAAAAAAAAUCGUUUCUUGUUUUUUACAUAUAGCUAUUCACGUUUUUUGUUUUAAUGUUAGCCAGCUGCUUUACGCGUUUGUGUUCUCAUCUGUUGUCUUGUUCGACGAGUGAUGCUGCGUGGCUCAUGAAACCAGAGAUGCUGUUUGGAGCUCAAUAAAAAGUUCUCAUGAAUUGAUA